ACAGUUUUAUACAUAUAACCUGUAGUUUCACAAGACACCCUGGUUGUUUGGGCAAGUGGAGACCUACCUCCUGUGUGUUUGUCAGACUGUGCAGCAGGCCGGCCGGUCUGAGCGCACAUGCUCAGUGAGGUUAUUUUUGCGCACGGAAGCUUUAAGAGCGCAGCGGCUGGAGGCAGACGGCAGCAGAGAGCGGAAAGCAGCUCAGCCAGCACCGGAGGAGGAGAGCGGAGAACGGAGAGCCGAGCGGACCGUCAGCCCGCAGAUGAGCGGCCAGUGACAGCCGCAGACCCGGCUCUGCGCUGGGCACCCGGAGGGAGCGAGGCGCAUGAAUCUGUGCCGCACGGCUCUACUCACAACUUCGCCUCCAUAGACUCUUUCAUUUCUCAUCUUGUUUUCUCGUUAAUUCACCAUGGUACUGGGCAAAGUGAGGGCCUUGGCGGUCUACUUUGACAGCCUGAAUGAGAACAACCUGCCGGUGUUCUCCGGCGGAGACCUGGUGUCCGGCCGGGUGGUGGUGGAGGUGACCGGGGACGUGCGGGUGAAGAGCCUGGACAUAACCGCCAGAGGAGUCGCCAAGGUCCGCUGGACGGAAUCUCGGAACGCCGGGGCGAACACGGCUUACACCCAGAACUACACGGAGGAGGUGGAAUACCUGCACCACUACGACACCCUGAUCGGAGAGGAGAGAGACGAGGACUGUCCAGAGGAGGGCAUGACUGUUCUGCACGCCGGCCUACACGAGUUCGCUUUCAGCUUCAACCUGCCGCAGAUGGCUCUGGCCACGUCCUUUGAAGGGAAGCACGGCAGUGUGAGGUACUGGGUGAAGGCUGAGCUGCACCGGCCGUGGCUGCUCCCCGUCAAAGUCAAGAAGGAGUUCAUUGUGUUCGAGCACAUCGACAUCAACACGCCGCUGCUGCUGGCCCCUCAGGCCGGUACCAAGGAGAAGACACUGUGCUGUUGGUUCUGUGCUUCGGGCCCGAUCUCCCUCAGUGCCAAGAUUGAGCGGAAGGGCUACACACCAGGUGAGUCCAUCCAGAUCUUCGCCGAGGUGGAGAACUGUUCGUCCCGCGUCGUGGUGCCCAAGGCAGCACUCUACCAGACCCAGACCUUCUUCGCGAAGGGAAAGGGAAAGCAGAUCCAGCAACUGGUGUCCAACCUGCGAGGAGAUCCACUGCCGCAGGGCAAGAGCCAGAGCUGGGAGGGCAAACUGCUCAAAAUACCUCCGGUGUCGCCCUCCAUCCUGGACUGCCCUAUCAUCAGGGUGGAGUAUGCCCUCGUGGUGUACGUGGACGUUCCCGGUGGACUGAAUCUGUCUCUGUCGUUGCCGUUGGUGAUCGGGACCAUCCCUCUUCAUGCCUGCGCCACCCGCACAUCCAGCAUCAGCAGCAACUGCAGCAGUCUGAGUUGGCUGGGACUGCCUGUGAGGCCUGAAGCACCGCCGAGCUACAGCGAGCUGGCAAUAUCAGAGGCUCACAGACGGGAUUGUCUGCAAGGCUUUGAUAGGUCUGACGGGGAGGGAGAGGACCAGGCAUCUCUGCUAACAUACAUCACAGAGUUCAGAUAUCUGCCCCCACCACUCUACUCUGAGGUCGACCCUUACCCCGACUCGGUGGAGGUGUGCGGGGCAGCGGACGUCAGGAGACCCGACAUGUGUCCGUCCCGCUGAGCGACUUCUGCUCAAACAAAGACAUCGUCGCCCUCAGCUGCAUAACCAGCUUCUCACCAGAUUGUAAAAGACCACAAAUAAUCCGGCUGGAGCCUCUUCGACCGAGGAAGAGUCCGCCAGCAGAGCAUUUGGUGACCAUGGACCAGGGAUUUUGAGCCACGCUGAAUCCUCCAUAUCCUGUGCUCAAGACGAGGCAGAAGCAAACAUUCUCUGAUGCCGCUGACAGAACUCACUGCUGGUGGCCAGAAGAAGCCUCCUCCUGCCUCACAGUAAAGUUUGCACAUGCCGUAAUUACUGUUUUUCUAUCAGUGGUUUUAUAUUCUGCAGAUUGCCGCAGGCCUAUAUGAUAGAGUAGAUUCUGUCCACAGAUGUAAACACAGAUAUUGUGCUCUGAAUGGCUUAUUUACAGGACAAAAGCUAUCUUCAGCUAAAUGAUAGUUUGAGCUCAGUCAUCAGACUUCAGGUGGUCUCUCUCUCUCUCUCUCUCUCUCUCUCUCUCUCUCUCUCUCUCUCUCUCUCUAUCUCUAUCUCUCUCUCUCUCUUUGAGAACAAAGCUAAAAAGUAAAAAAAAUAACACAAAAAAAAACACGACGUUUCUGAUGACAAACUGCAUCAACGACCACCUCGAGCGCAAAAAAAGUAAAGCUCAAAUUGUGUGUGAAUGUGUGUGUGAGAGAGACAGCGAGCGUGUGUGGAUUUAAAUGACCAGGUGUAGAGACAAAGCACAACUCUGACCAACCGAGAUAAAGUACCGCAAGUCGCCUGUUGGUUUCCGCUCUGAACUGAAGCUCCUCUUUGCUGUAGAUUUUUCCAGAACGUGGAUGCUAAGAAGCUUCGCAGACACAAAGGCAAGGCGUUAAAGAUUAAUGUUUACAGAUGAAUAUAUCAAAUUGAGAAUGUUACUCAAACAUGACUUCUUCCACCUAAAACUUCAAAUUACCAAGUGCAAUAUAUUUUUGUAUUUGUGAUUUUUUUGCACUAAUUUUUCAUAUACUCUGUUGCUGUUUAUUCCAUUUCUGUGCAUUAUAUAUUAUUGUCAUGAUCUUAUUGCUGUCAUGAUCAACUUUUGAUAAAAAUAAAGUUUAUUUUAUAAAAUAA